CCGAAUUCCGGGUCAGCUCCUUCGCCUCCAUCAUGUCGUCGGACUGGAGAGAUGUAUGCAUUGGCGCCUUAAUCUGCGCCACUCUUGUUGGUGCGGUCCGUUGUGGCAUGGAGAGAAGAAAAAUGCUUCCGCUGCCGCCGGGACCGCGGGCUAUUCCAUUCAUUGGCAAUGUCCGAGGGAUCGACAUCAAUGCACCAUGGUUGGCUUAUACGGAAUGGGGCAAACGAUACGGCGAUAUUGUAUACUCGCACCUUCUCGGUCAACAAAUUAUUGUGAUCAACUCCGAGAAAGUGGCGAUUGAGCUUUUAGAGAAGCGGUCACACAACUACUCUAACAGGCCAACCCUCCCAACAAGCGCUCUUUUCGGAUUGGAUUUCAACACCGUACUUAUAGAAUAUGGAGCUAGAUGGCGUCGGCAAAGGAGGGUAUUCCAUCAAGCAUUCAGGGCAGAAGCAGCUCUAAGUUACCGUCCAAUGCAGCAGCGGAAGGCUCAACAGCUUAUUCGUGACAUGCUUGAUACACCAGAGGAGUUCAUAAAGCAUGUUCACACAUAUUCAUCUUCCCUGAUCAUGUCAGCUUUAUAUGACUAUGAAACGGAGCGCGAUGACGCAUUGGUGGAGCUCAUUUGGAAGUCGCUCAAGCUGGCUGUGCAGGAACUUCGGCCUGAGGUGGCUGCUUUGUUCACUGCAUUUCCGAUCUUUCUUCGACUACCAGCAUGGUUCCCUGGUAUGUCGAUCAAGAGGAAGGCCACCCAGUCACGAGAGUGGGUUCGAGAGUGGAUGAACGAUCCUUUCCAGUUGGCACUCAAAAGAACGGCUGAAGGGACAGCGCAGCUAUCCAUGGUUUCAAACGCCCUCAGACGAAUCGACGGAAAAAAUUCUUCUGGUGAGAUGACAAUCAUUAAGGAAAGUGCAGCCACAGCAUUUGGAGCUGCUUCCGAAACGACCUCGGGGGUAUUGCAAGUAUUCAUCCUUGCCAUGGUACUUUUCCCGGAAAUACAAGUAAAAGCCCAUACUCUGAUUGAUGCCGUCGUUGGCGCAUCGAGGUUACCCACUUUCGAAGAUAGGUCAUCCCUGCAAUAUAUUGAUGCUAUCCUCCGGGAAACUCUUCGUUGGCAUCCGAUUUUGCCCCUUUCAACACCGCAUGCGUCGGUGGAUAGUGAUGUCUACGAGGGAUUCUAUAUACCCAAAGGUGCCGCUAUUGUGCCGAAUGUGUGGGCAAUGUCACAAAAUGAACAUAAAUACCCAAAUCCUUCGCAGUUCUCACCCGAGCGCUUCCUGAACGCUGAUGGCAGCCUCAAUGACGACACCGUCAAUAUAGCCUAUGGAUUUGGGAGAAGGAUUUGCGUUGGCCGACAUCUUGCAGACGCUUCUCUAUGGAUAGCAAUAUCUUGCCUACUUACCACGUUUGCAUUUUCGAAACGAACCGGUGCAAACGGGGAUGCAGUUGAUUUUGAAGUGGAAUGGUCUAGUGGUGUCGCAAUUCACCCACUUCCCUUUCCAUGCAGCAUCACUCCAAGGCUCCGCAAGGUAGAUAUAUGAUCGUUGGUCCAGCUAUUUUACGUAAUCGAAAGGACGAUGUUUGACACAGUAAUUACAUGUGACUUCGUUUUUCACUCCUUUAUACACCCUCGUUGCAUUGAUGUCCUGUUUCCGCAAGAAUGUGUUGAUAAAGGAAAUAAUGUUCCAAAUAUAC